AUGUUAUUCCAGGUUAUAGCGCUCUCUAUGUUGCAAAUAGCAAGAUGUAAGGAAUACUUAGGAGGUAGUAUUGCCACUAUAGGACCGGACACGUUCGGGAUGAUGCCCCAAUAUCAUAAGUUGCUUGCAGAUAAUUCGUUUAACUACCAUGGCGGAUUCAAAAAUUCAACAUAUGCCGCAGCCAAAAAGGAUAUUAGGCAAAUGGAGGUGAAAAUGCUUUCAAAAUAUAAGGAGGUUAACGCAAUCCUUUUGUCUACAUCUAGAUUUUACUAUAAUUAUAGGCACGUGGGCAACUUGGUUGACGUAGCGUCAGCCCUGUACAAGUUGGGGCUGCUUCCGAGGCAGCAGCUGCUGUCCUUAGCUCCCGAAACGUGUUUGUGUCACCCUACAAAUACAUUUCCUGGUCGUGUUUACGUUGAAAAAAGCGUAGAUAUAACGGAUUACAAGGAUGAGGUUUCGAACGACGUAACGAAUAAUUUCCUGGAGCACAUGUACAUUCCGUUCCGAUCCUCGGGGCUAAGAUUAGACAGUUUGCGCUUCUUGAUGACUCAGCGUUUCCCAAGCAAAUACCCUCAAAGUUCUCGAUUAGCAACGAAGUACCGGGUGGAGGUUGAUGGUGUGCAUGCGGAUUUGGAUUUACCAACUCAAUUCGUAUAUAUGACAGGGCAUGGCGGAGACCGCUAUUUCCAAUUCCAAGCCAAGGAUGUACUUUCUGCAAAUGAAAUAGAGUUGUACAUGACGGAAUUUUUUAUCAAGCAUCCCAAUGUACAUACCCUUAUGAUUUCAGAUACUUGCCAGGCAUCGACGCUGUUUGAAGGGUUAUCAAACCAGGAUCCUAUGGUUUGGGUGGCGUCAUCACCUAGAGGCGUUAGCAGUUAUAGCUACAAUGCUAAUUCGCAAUUGACGGUCUCACCGGUGGGCAAGUUCACGUACUAUGUCGCAGGAUUUCUCUGUAGUGUGGCAAAGGGAAUAAAGGAGCGUAAAGACAGAGCAGCUGUUUCGAGAUUUUCUUUCAACCAACUAAAGAGACAUAUGGAACGUCAUUGCCCAGAAGAGAUGUCCGUUUUUCACGCGAAUGCGAGCAUAAUGGGUGCGACUUCUGCCGAUACCGGGCAAUUCACACCUACUAUUAAUGAUACAACAAGCAGUAAACCAGAUGUGCGGAAAAUAUAUCUCGGAGAGUUCCUAUUCAAUUAUCGCGUGUCAUACUUCAACACGUAUAGUUGGCCUUUAAUGUUAUACUCAAUGGCCGGGGACGUUGUAGCAUUGAAGGGACAAAUGUACGAAGCGUUCAACUUGAACACUGCUGAGGCAUUGAGCAUCAACAGACACAGACUGUACACGAAAAUGGGUGAGAACGGACUUUUCGUUAGGACGGUGAUAGAAUCGUCGGGAUUGAGCAUAGUAUUAGCCCUUUUGCUUUGCGUAUUGGCUAUAAUUUUAGCCACUUUAAGGGAUCCAGUGACGGUCGGAAACCUGUUCGUCUGGCAGUGA